UUAGGAAUGAGGUGAGAGAAAAUGAACCCAUGCCAUCCAAGACCUCUUGUAAUGGACAGAAAAUGGAAGGCUAAUAUGGAGUUAGCCCCUAAUUGCCCUCGCUGCGACUCUUCCAACACCAAAUUCUGCUACUACAACAACUACAGCCUCACCCAACCCCGCUACUUCUGCAAGGGCUGUCGACGAUAUUGGACUAAAGGUGGCUCUCUCCGCAACGUACCUGUUGGUGGCGGUUGUCGUAAGAACCGACGCGGAAAGUCUGUGAGGAUAUCAACUGACCACCGUGUCUCCGUCGGGAAUUCGAGUUAUGGACGUCUGAUUUCUGAACCAGAUUGUUCCGUUCUUGUUGCCAAUGAUCCAAUUAGGAAUUUUCGCCGAUCGAAUGAGAGCUCCAUGGUUCCUUCAACCGACACGUUGAGGUCUGAUUCUUCGACCAUUGACUUGGCGGCCGUCUAUGCUAAGUUCUUGAAUCAACACUCGGAACCUGAUUCAGGAAUUCCUGUGCCUGAAUUUCUAAAUGAAUUCGAUGUGUCCUCAUUCGAUGACUUGCCUAAUGCUCCUUCAGAUCCAAAUCAUCAGCUACCAGUACCCAUCCAAUUCCCACAUGAACAAAACGUCUUCGAGUGCCAAGGGACACAUGAUCCCAUUCCAGGAAAUUUUGUGGAUGAAUUUGUUGGGAGUCAGAAGCAUCAGGUUUCAAACAUGAACAUGAUCAGCAGCCUUGGGUUGGAAGCACUGCCGGCUGAAGGCGUUGUUCACUACAUAGAUUGGUCAUCAGAUAUUAUGUGGCAAUUACCACAACAGCAAGAGUUGGGAUCAGUUGUGGAAGAUCAUCUCAAUCUUCAUUCCAAUCUUCUAAAUGGUAGUUGGAGCUCCUUCAAUCUACCAUCCUUUGAUGCUUUCUCUAGGCCCUGAGGUUGUAUUAAUGUGGCCACACUUACCCUUUCUUUUCCCACUUCCUCUUUUUUUUUUUUGGCUCCUUAUUAAAGUUACAUAUAAACAAGGAAAGUAAUUCAAGGAGAGAGUCUGAUACACAUGUCCAUGGAAUGAUCUGUGGUGUAAACGAGUAGACAUUGAUACUCGCAAAAAUUACAAUAAUAUAACGGAUUCUCUUUUGGAAGCUAUCUCCUUCUUUCUUUCUAAAUCAUUCUUGUUUCUCUGAUGAUCACUAUUCCUGUCUUCUCCUUAAUCUUUUAGAGCUAUCAAAACCCAUGAUUGGUUGGAUCUGCCCCUGGAUGGUCCAUGCAUCAAUGAUCCCCCAGAUUGAAAAUUCCUACCAAUACAAUACUGGGGUUUUCUUUUUAUUGAUUCAAUAAGAAUUAGUAUUGAAGGGUUAGGAUUUUUCCAACAGCCUUUUUUUUUUUUUUUUUGCAUUUGCAUCUGCCAUCCACAGUGGGACCCAUCAAUAAUAAUGAUUUGGAUCGAUGAACCGUGGAGCCCAGCCUACUUGCAGAAAACUGAAAGCCAGAAUGGAUUGUCUUGUACCAACAACAACAUUAAUCACACAAGUCUAAUAUAUUCAUCAUUCUUAUUUAGUGACAAGCACAUGCAAGAUGAGUGGCACUGACGUUAAUAGCAGUAAAAUAGCGACGGAGGAGAAAUUAUCUUCUCGGAGUGUUUUCUUACCCAAACUUAGAUUGAUUCUCAACACAUCUCUCAAUCCAUCGUGAGUUGCGUCCAAUAUUCCAAAAAAUUGGCACA